AUGAGCGCUGUUCGACUGCUGCUGGGCCUGAUGGCCUUGCUGGGUUUGGUCCGGACGACUACAGCACAAGGCGCUGGAACAGAUGUGCAAAUGAAUUUCAACUACACGUUCUAUGAAGGUUUCGAGCCAACGGCAGAUCCCACGGACGAAGAGCUUUCUCACUUGGCCUGUGUGACGCAGCGGUGGGUAUCUCAGGUGACCAAAAACUUGACGGGCAAUCCUACCCUUACCAUGGAAGCUACCAACGUUGCCUACCAAAUGACUAGCAAUGGAAGCGAAAUGAUCUUUACGGGCGUCUUCAAUACCGCCCCUGGGCCCGACGAAUUGGCCACUCUACCCGACUCACAAGAUAUUGUAGUUGCCUUGGCGCCCCAGAACAUUAACGCUACUCAGUACAUUGCGGACUUUAUCUAUUCGGAAUCUUCCACUGGAGGCCAUGCAUACUGGGCGGAUGUCAAUGGAAUUCAGUUCGAAGCAGUUUUUGUGGACGCCGCCAGGCCAGCAGGUCGUCUGGAUGCACCCAUCUGCGAUCCCACCAUCGCUCCAACCUUUGAAAUCACAAUGGCUCCCAACAAUACAGAUCCGGCUGCAAAUGCUACCGAUCCCAACGCUGCAAAUGCUACUGAUCCAAACGCGGAUCCAAACGCUGCAAAUGGUACCGAUCCGAAUGGUGCAGGUGGCCCAGACGGUACCGGAGGCCCAGGUAGUGGUAAUGGCACCGAUCCAAAUGGCCCCGGUGGCCCAGGAGGUCCUGGUGGUCCAGGCAGUGGUAAUGGUACAGAUCCAUUUGGACCUGGAGGCCCGGCUAACGGUACGGAUCCUAAUGGCCCCGGUGGUCCAGGAACUGGAGGUCCAGGCAACGGUACCGAUCCCAAUAAUCCCAAUGGUACUGGUGGUCCUGGAACUGGUGGUCCUGGCACUGGAGGUCCUGGUAAUGGAACUGAUCCCAACAAUCCCAACGGUGGUGGUCCUGGAACUGGUGGCCCUGGUACUGGCGGCCCUGGCACUGGCGGACCUGGUACUGGCGGACCCAAUGAUCCCAAUGGCGGCCUCGACCCCAACAAUCCAGGCGGCGGACCUAACGGCACCGAUCCCAAUGCUACGUUUGCUCCCGGUACUCCUGGAGGUCCAAAUGGGCCUGGAGGUCCGAAUGGACCAGGAGGUCCUGGUGGCCCCGGUGGUCCUCCCGUUGGGCCUCCCGGAACAGGUCCUGGUGGUCCCGGCGAUGGAGGCUUGACACCUGCUCCCAGUCCCAUGGCAUCCGCUCCCUUUACAGAUGACAUGGUCUUCUUUACGCUGCAGUAUGGAUUUGCUGCUGGUCAAGCGAGAGAUCCCACACAGGCAGAGAUUGAAGAGCUCAUUUGUGUGACCAAUCUCUUCUUCCGUGACAUUAUCAGAAACUUCACCGGAGAUAACACUGUCCAGUCAGAAGCCAUGCACAUUGACUGGAACUAUCUUGAAACUGAGGAGUUGCCAGUAGGACUCAACUUCACUGCCAACGCUACUUAUGGCAAUGGUGACCUUGUUCCUGAAGAAACGGUUUUCGCUGCAAUGGAAGUCACAGAGGAAGAAAUUGUCCAGUACAUUCAGCAAUAUGCUUGGGCUACAGAUGAAGGUGGCCUCUUCUUCAAUGCAGAAAGUGUCAACUUUACUGAUCAGGUCAAUGUGCCAGUGCCUGUUGGCCAGCUGACAACACUGGCUUGCCCAGAAACGCCAAUGCCAUCAACGGCUCCAUCCAUGUCUAUGGCGCCAUCAAUGUCAGGUGCACCUUCCUCCCCACCUUCAGCAUCACCCGCCCCUACCAGCUCACCCCAGCCAUCACUUGCUCCGUCACUCUCGCACUCGCCAUCGAUUUCAUCUGCCCCAUCUCCAAUCGCAGAAGGAGGCGGUGGAGGUCCAGGCAGCGGUGGCCCUGGUAGUGGCGGUCCUGGUGGCCAGCCCAGUGCCGGUGGUCCAGGCGGCUCAGGAAGUGGAGGUCCAGGCAGUGGUCAACCAGGAAGUGGAGGUCCAGGCAGUGGAGGUCCAGGUGACGGGCGACCAACGAUCCCACCAAAUGCUGGACCUGCCACCAGGGUUCCUGUUGGAUUCAGAUUCCUUGUGUCAAAUUUGGAUGGCAUCACCGAUCCCGUCCAAGCCAAUUCCAGUGGACUUUCUGUGUCUUGGCCAGUCUUUGCUGAUGACGCUGUCUACAACAUCACACAAGAACGCAAUGCUGCUGCUAAUGCACGCAUGUUGCGGGCAAAUGGAGGUCGACAUCUGUUGGUGUAUGGCGGAGUUGAACCUGGAACAGCAAUUAUUAAUACUCUUGUUGCAGCAGAUUGCCCUCCAGAAUCUCAUCCAGAUUCUACCUGUCACAAUGCAGUUGCAUCUUAUGUUCUAUUGACUUACGGUGAAAACGAUACAAAAGCCCUCGAGGAGGAAUAUGCUAUAGCUACAAAAGAAAAAAUUGACGAUGGAACUUAUCAAGAAGUCAUGGAACAGGAAUACAAUAAUACUCCUCUGUUCAUUGGUGUCAUUCCUGAUCCCAACGCAACAGAACCUCCAUCGGACAGGGAACCACCAGCAGAAGAGGAGGACAAGGGCGGCUUGGCCCCCUGGUUGAUUGCAUUGAUCGUAUUGCUCUGCCUCCUUUGUUGCUGUUGCCUCCUAGCUGCCCUGUUCUUCAUGAUGCAGAAGAACAAACAAGAAGAAAAGGAACUGGAACCCUAUGACGAGGAAGGUUUUGUCUACGACUUCUUGAUUCCACCCAACCAAAAGCCCCAAACCGAGGUCGAUGACGAUGCUGAGACCAAAGACGUUGACGAUGAGGGAGAAGACGAAGAGAUCGAAAAUUUCGAUGAUGAAGAUGAGGAGGCAGCCAACAGAGGUGGUGCCAUCCCCAUGCCUCCCCCAGAGGAUGUGGCUGAGAUCGAGCCGGAGAACUUCGACGACGAAGAGUCAGACAAAGAGGAGGAAGACUCAGACAAUGAGGAGGAUGAUGAAGACUCAGACAAUGAAGAACGUCAGAUAGAAGAAGAUGAGGUGGAGUCUCCCAACUUGGUUCCGGUUGAUAACAACGAAGAGGAUCCGUCUGAGGCCGAGUCAGAGUCCGAGCAGGCACCGGAUCCAGAUUCAGAACAUGGAGACCAGGAAGACCCAGACGGUGUCAGAUCGUCCAAGUUGGAAGAAAUAGAUGGCGAUUCUGAUGAGGAGCCAGCCACGGAGGCAGAAACUGAUCAAGACACCGAGCAAGAAGAUGCUUGGCAAGACGAAGACGAACCAGCUCCUGCGGCAGAUAGCGAUGAAGAACCAGCGGCGGCAGAUAGCGACGAUGAACCGGCUGCGGCAGAUAGCGACGAUGAACCGGCUGCUGCAGAUAGCGACGAAGAACCAGUUGCGGCAGAUAGCGACGAUGAACCAGCUCCCGUGGCCGACGAUGAUGCAGCGGCAGGGCUGGAAGCUGUCGAUAGUGAUGGCGACGAACCAGCAGGAGAAGAACCAGGCGACCAGGAGGAUCCGGGCUCAGAUGGCGAUGCCAACGAAGGAGAAGCUGCCGAAGGAGCCGACGAGGAUUGGGACGACGAUGGCAGCAAUAAGGAAGAAGAAGGUGGAGCUGACGAGGAUUGGGACGACGAGGACAACAAGGAAGAAGGCGGAGCCGACGAAGACUGGGAAGACGGCGGCGCAGAAGGUGAUGGUGGCGGCGGCGACGACGAUGACGAUUGGAAUGACGAGGAGGAUGCAAAAGAUGCCAAGAAAUAA